AUGAGCGUUUUUCAUCGCCUCAUCGAUGACGAGGGUCACUACAUCGCUCUUCACACAAUCAUCGCCACUGGUGACGCAGUAGUCGUUGUCCAACGCGAAGAUGUUGCAGUCAAAAUGGCAAUCGUCUACAAGUAUGACACCCUGGAGCAAGUGGAAGCAAACCGCGAAAGGAUCAGACGAGAGCAAGAAGUAUGGCGGCGCGUUCAGUCCGACUUCGACACCCCAGUAGAAGGAAUCGUCCAUUGUCUCGACCUUCCAGGCGAGACCAUCGAGAUGCGAUACAUGUCCGGAGGCACGCUUUCUAAGUGGCUGAAGCACCGAGCGCGACCUUGCAUCAAGCUACAGCAGCGUUGGUUCCGCCAGCUUGCCAUCGGCCUCCACAACCUUCACCAACGUUGCAUCAUCCACUGCGACAUUCUCACUCGCAACAUCCUGAUGGAUGGUUCACAGAACCUCGUCAUCGCUGACCUCGGUGCCUCGAGAGUCAUGCCCAUUGACACUGUCAUGGCUGAUGCGGUGGACGAGUUCGAGUGUUCCAUCUGGACGGAUCUUUGCCAGCUUGGCCUCGUGUUCUACGAGAUUGCUACCGGGAGGCACCCCGGUAUCAGCCUCUAUCACACCCGUGGCAGUCAUGACCCUUCCGCUGUGUUCCCCACCCAGGACAGGCUUCCUGUCCUCAGCGAGGGGCUCUGGGCCCGGGACAUCAUCGAGACCUGCUGGAGGAAGGGGGGAUAUGGGAUGGCCGGCGCGGCAGGGAUUCUGACGAAGCUAGACAGCGUGUAA